AUGGACAACAGCAGCACCAACGCCGACGAGGCUGCUCAUGCUUGUGCUUCAUACAAGAUCAAUGAAUUGCAACGCAGAAUCUCAGAACUAGAGAAAUGCGUCGUUCAGUCAUCAAGCCAGAAACUGUGCACUCCUUCCCGAACUGAAGAACACAGUCGCAUUCCUUGCACAAAACCUUUACCCUCACCGGACCUAUCUGUUCAGGCAUAUUAUCUUGAUUCUGAGCUGUGGUCCUCCUGCAGGUUCCCCGAUUACGCCAAAACUAAUAUCUUUGCUCCCGAGCAGAUAUCCAGGAUUCUUGGAAGCCAGUUUGAUAUCGAUGUUAUGAAGACACAUUACUUUGAAUCCAUCCAUACCUGGAUGCCUAUUGUUAGUAAGAUCAGAUUAAACCGGCUUGUUCAACGGACGGAAGGACCAUGUAAGGCAGACAUCGCCCUCUUAUUGCUGUGCAUGAAGCUAGUUCAGGAAGUCACACAUGAGCAACAGACAGAGCCAUCGGAGCUCUAUGUCAUAGCAAAGCAAUUCAGCAGUGAGCUGGAAUUGAAGGGGAUUCUUACUCUGCGCAUGGUUCAGGCUGGCCUCUUGCUUUCGGUCUACGAACUUGGCCAUGGAAUCUUCCCAGCAGCUUUCACGACAAUCAGCUACUGCGCGAGACAAGGUGUUGCUCUUGGCCUACACAACAAGUCAGCACCGCAGUUUCUUGGCGGACCUCGAAGCUGGGUAGAAUGGGAAGAGAGGCAGCGCGUGUGGUGGAUGGUGGUGAUUCUUGACAGAUAUGUCACUGUCGGAGCAGGUCAUCGACCACUGUGUACCGAAGACCCUAGCAAAGAUACAAUUCUUCCAGCAGACGACGGCGCUUGGGAUAGUGGCGAAAUUGUGCCUCCUGAGCGUGUUUGUCUCUCGUCGCUCACCGGUUCAGUUAGUUCCUUUGCACGAUUGGCGCAGGCAUCAAACCUACUAGGCCGCGUGAUAAGGCACUGCAAUGACACGGCGUUGGAGCUGGAAUUUGUCCUUGAUAAUUAUGAAAUGCUCUGCCAGACGUUAUAUUCUCUUGUGGAACUUUUAUCUCAUGAUUUCACCACAACGAUUGAAACAAGUAUAGCAAGCACAAUAUGUUUCAGUGCUCUCCUAAAACUUUCUAACUACCACUCAUGCAAUCUAUUCAACGAAGAGGGCCAAUAUCUCGAACAUAACGCGGCCCCUCGGAUCCGCGAGUGUAUGCAACGAUGUUUCCAGAUAAACAAAGAUAUUUGUGGGCGAGUUGUAUCAUUCGCCCAAGGUCUCAGUCAAAGCCUCACGCAACCCGCAAUGCAAAGGGUUUCGCCACUGGUACUUCAUUGCAUUUAUGACUGUACUGCAAAUCUGUCCUGGAUGACGCUUGAGACAGAUAAUGCACAAUAUGCUGCAGGGAAGCUCGUCUGUGAAAAUAUCUUGAGAUCCGUCAAUGGGCGGUGGAGAACAGCCGGUGUCUAUCUAGAAUUGCUCCGGAUUGGCGAUAUGGCCCAAGAUGAAAGCAAUUGA